AUGAUAUGCAAACGGAGCAAUUCGUCUGACAGGCUCCCAUUCCGGAGCAAGCGUCUUUUUCUUUUCCUUCUGACAUCUUCAGCAUUUUUAACAUAUAUCCUCUACGGGAACGUGCACAGGAUUAGCCAUACAGUAAAGUUCACUCCCUUCAAUGGCUUAAAAAAUGAGAACAACCACUCGAUCUUAACGCGUGUGAGGUCAGGGGCAACGAAACGACCACUUCGACAAUCGAAUCAUUUCGAACACGUGGCAUUUGGAGUGUCGUCGGAUUUCAAAACAAAAUUAAAUCCGACUAGAACUUCAGACGAAUUGAGAAAAUUAUCAUCAAAGCUGUUCCAAGAACGCAUUAAACAUCGAUCUCCGGAAGACUCUGCAUCCCGCAGUCGGCUUAACUCUCGCAUCAAGUACACAAGCAACGUUAGCGGUGUUGACAAGAGCUUGAAUUAUUCCUCUAGUCAAGGCGAUCGGAAACGUUUGUUGAAUUUUAGGAGUCAAAGUGGACGAAUUGAAGAUAGUGAAGAUAGCGACGUUUCUGAGUUUGAGCUUGAAGAUGACGAAUUUAAGAAACGACUCCCGAACGCCAUAAUUAUAGGUGUAAAGAAAGGUGGAACACGCGCGCUGCUUGAAAUCUUAAAGAUUCAUCCGAGUAUCAGAGCAUGUAGCAGUGAAGUGCACUUCUUCGAUCGCGAUGAAAAUUACGAACAAGGACUCAGCUGGUAUCGAGAACAAAUGCCUAAGUCAUUGCCGGAGCAGAUCACGAUUGAGAAAUCCCCAAGUUACUUUAUAACUUCGAAGGUACCUGAGAGAGUGUAUCGAAUGUCUGAAACUCUUAAACUCAUCGUGAUUGUACGCGACCCCACAACACGAGCCAUAUCGGAUUAUACCCAAGGGUUAGAGCGAAAACCCGAUAACCCACGUUUUGAAGAAAUGGUUUUUAACGAGGAAGGCGAAGUGGACGAAAGCUGGAGCAAAAUCUCCAUUGGCCGCUAUGCAGAGCACUUAGCGAAGUGGAUGGAAUAUUUCCCUUUGAGGCAAUUCCAUUUUGUUAGCGGAGAGGAACUUGUCAAAAGACCCGCUAGAGAAUUGAAACUCGUUGAACGAUUUCUAAAUAUAAAACCUUUCAUCAGGGAGGAUAAUUUCUAUUUUAACGAAAGUAAAGGAUUUCCGUGUUUUGUCGGUAAAAUCUCAAACGCUGGGACCGUGAACAAAGCACACUGCAUGGGCGAAUCGAAAGGCAGAAAACAUCCCGCUGUUCACGAGGACGUUUUACUAAAGUUACGGGAAUAUUUUGACCCAUUAAAUAAAAAAUUGUAUUCGAUGGUGCGUCGAAAUUUUCACUGGUGA